AUGGUUAUGAAUAGUUCCAAUUUCGUCUUAUCACUCUUUAUAUACAAAACAUCUUCAAAACGCCUUCUUUUAAAUGACCCUGACGUGAUUGGUAACCGAUUAGCACAUUUAGAAUCAACCCUGCAAACUGUUACCAGAUCUUUGACAGAUUUAGAGACAAGAUACAGUCACCAAGAAGGUGUCAUCAGUGGUUUACAAAAGGAACUGGAAGUUGAAAGGACAAAAUAUCAAGCCCAUGGUUCAACAUAUAUUCGAUGGGGACGAGGUGAUUGUUCAGGAACAAAUACAGAUCUUGUUUAUUCAGGUGAUAGUUAUAUGUAUGGAACAGAAUUUCAAGAUUCCCACUUUGGGUCGAUCGUCAACGAGGACGUUACAUGUGCAUUAUGUCGCAGUACAAAUACAUCGUCAUCUGUCAUGUUCCCAAGCAGAAAAACCUGCUACUCCGGAUGGAAAGAAGAGUAUGCCUUUGAAAAGUACCAUUCUUCUAAGCAGUCUAAUGUAAGCGGUUGA